AGAGGGAAGGGAGGCACCUUGCUUUAUCGGGGCGGGGAAGGCCAGAAUAAAACUCUGCUACUGCAAGGACCAGAGAGAGAAGGCCUGGGCUGGCACUAGGGAGGGAUGUUCCCUCACCCUCCCCUCCUCUGCUUCUCCCAAAGCUUGUAAAUGCCCCAGAUAUGAGCCAGCCCAGGCCCCGCUACGUGGUAGACAGAGCCGCAUACUCCCUUACCCUCUUCGACGAUGAGUUUGAGAAGAAGGACCGGACAUACCCAGUGGGAGAGAAACUUCGCAAUGCCUUCAGAUGUUCCUCAGCCAAGAUCAAAGCUGUGGUGUUUGGGCUGCUGCCUGUGCUCUCCUGGCUCCCCAAGUACAAGAUUAAAGACUACAUCAUUCCUGACCUGCUCGGUGGACUCAGCGGGGGAUCCAUCCAGGUCCCACAAGGCAUGGCAUUUGCUCUGCUGGCCAACCUUCCUGCAGUCAAUGGCCUCUACUCCUCCUUCUUCCCCCUCCUGACCUACUUCUUCCUGGGGGGUGUUCACCAGAUGGUGCCAGGUACCUUUGCCGUUAUCAGCAUCCUGGUGGGUAACAUCUGUCUGCAGCUGGCCCCAGAGUCGAAAUUCCAGGUCUUCAACAAUGCCACCAAUGAGAGCUAUGUGGACACAGCAGCCAUGGAGGCUGAGAGGCUGCACGUGUCAGCUACGCUAGCCUGCCUCACCGCCAUCAUCCAGAUGGGUCUGGGCUUCAUGCAGUUUGGCUUUGUGGCCAUCUACCUCUCCGAGUCCUUCAUCCGGGGCUUCAUGACGGCCGCCGGCCUGCAGAUCCUGAUUUCGGUGCUCAAGUACAUCUUCGGACUGACCAUCCCCUCCUACACAGGCCCAGGGUCCAUCGUCUUUACCUUCAUUGACAUUUGCAAAAACCUCCCCCACACCAACAUCGCCUCGCUCAUCUUCGCUCUCAUCAGCGGUGCCUUCCUGGUGUUGGUGAAGGAGCUCAAUGCUCGCUACAUGCACAAGAUUCGCUUCCCCAUCCCUACAGAGAUGAUUGUGGUGGUGGUGGCAACAGCUAUCUCCGGGGGCUGUAAGAUGCCCAAAAAGUAUCACAUGCAGAUCGUGGGAGAAAUCCAACGCGGGUUCCCCACUCCGGUGUCGCCUGUGGUUUCACAGUGGAAGGACAUGAUAGGCACAGCCUUCUCCCUAGCCAUCGUGAGCUACGUCAUCAACCUGGCUAUGGGCCGGACCCUGGCCAACAAGCACGGCUACGAUGUGGAUUCGAACCAGGAGAUGAUCGCUCUCGGCUGCAGCAACUUCUUUGGCUCCUUCUUUAAAAUUCAUGUCAUUUGCUGUGCGCUUUCUGUCACUCUGGCUGUGGAUGGAGCUGGAGGAAAAUCCCAGGUGGCCAGCCUGUGUGUGUCUCUGGUGGUGAUGAUCACCAUGCUGGUCCUGGGGAUCUAUCUGUAUCCUCUCCCUAAGUCUGUGCUAGGAGCCCUGAUCGCUGUCAAUCUCAAGAACUCCCUCAAGCAACUCACCGACCCCUACUACCUGUGGAGGAAGAGCAAGCUGGACUGUUGCAUCUGGGUAGUGAGCUUCCUCUCCUCCUUCUUCCUCAGCCUGCCCUAUGGUGUGGCAGUGGGUGUCGCCUUCUCCGUCCUGGUCGUGGUCUUCCAGACUCAGUUUCGAAAUGGCUAUGCACUGGCCCAGGUCAUGGACACUGACAUUUAUGUGAAUCCCAAGACCUAUAAUAGGGCCCAGGAUAUCCAGGGGAUUAAAAUCAUCACGUACUGCUCCCCUCUCUACUUUGCCAACUCAGAGAUCUUCAGGCAAAAGGUCAUUGCCAAGACAGGCAUGGACCCCCAGAAAGUAUUACUAGCCAAGCAAAAAUACCUCAAGAAGCAGGAGAAGCGGAGAAUGAGGCCCACACAACAGAGGAGGUCUCUAUUCAUGAAAACCAAGACUGUCUCCCUGCAGGAGCUGCAGCAGGACUUUGAGAAUGCGCCCCCCACCGACCCCAACAACAACCAGACCCCGGCUAACGGCACCAGCGUGUCCUAUAUCACCUUCAGCCCUGACAGCUCCUCACCUGCCCAGAGUGAGCCACCGGCCUCCGCUGAGGCCCCCGGCGAGCCCAGUGACACGCUGGCCAGCAUCCCACCCUUCGUCACCUUCCACACCCUCAUCCUGGACAUGAGUGGAGUCAGCUUCGUGGACUUGAUGGGCAUCAAGGCCCUGGCCAAGCUGAGCUCCACCUAUAGGAAGAUCGGCGUGAAGGUCUUCUUGGUGAACAUCCAUGCCCAGGUGUACAAUGACAUUAGCCAUGGAGGCGUCUUUGAGGAUGGGAGUCUAGAAUGCAAGCACGUCUUUCCCAGCAUACAUGACGCAGUCCUCUUUGCCCAGGCAAAUGCUAGAGACGUGACCCCAGGACGCAACUUCCAAGGGGCUCCAGGGGACGCUGAGCUCUCCUUGUACGACUCAGAGGAGGACAUUCGCAGCUACUGGGACUUAGAGCAGGAGAUGUUCGGGAGCAUGUUUCACGCAGAGACCCUGACCGCCCUAGAGAGCCUCUCAGCAGCAGGGGGGUGCUACCCUUACAGGAGUGAGAGUCUGGUGAGCCCACUCUUCACCCGUCAGGCCCUGGCCGCAAUGGACAAGCCUCCUGCUCACUCCACCCCACCCACCUCUGCCCUGUCCUUGGCAGCUGAAGGACACCUUGACUUCCAGCUUUUACGAGUGAGCCAAAAACAGAAGGACAAGUACAACUGUGCUGGCCUGCUGUACAAGCUUCAAAAAGUGUCCCAGAGCCCACACGGCUCGGUGUCAGAUGGUGUCAGGCUGUCACGGGACAUAGGGAUAAACUUGGUUAGGACUCUGGCUUGCCUUCCCCAGCUGCCUCAACUCUGUCUCUGGCAGCUCUGCACCCAGGGACCAUGUGCUCUCCACACCCAGGAGUCUAGGCCUUGGUAACUAUGCGCCCCCCCUCCAUCAACCCCAAGGCUGCCCAAACCACCACUGCUGUCAGCAAGCACAUCAGACUCUAGCCUGGACAGUGGCCAGGACCGUCGAGACCACCAGAGCUACCUCCCCGGGGACAGCCCACUAAGGUUCUGCCUCAGCCUCCUGAAACAUCACUGCCCUCAGAGGCUGCUCCCUUCCCCUGGAGGCUGGCUAGAAACCCCAAAGAGGGGGAUGGGUAGCUGGCAGAAUCAUCUGGCAUCCUAGUAAUAGAUACCAGUUGUUCUGCACAAAACUUUUGGGAAUUCCUCUUUGCACCCAGAGCCUCAGAGGGGAAGAGGGUGCUAGUACCAACACAGGGAAAACGGAUGGGACCUGGGCCCAGACAGUCCCCCUUGACCCCAGGGCCCAUCAGGGAAAUGCCUCCCUUUGGCAAAUCUGCCUUAUCCUUCUUUACCUGGCAAAGAGCCAAUCAUGUUAACUCUUCCUUAUCAGCCUGUGGCCCAGAGACACAAUGGGGUCCUUCUGUAGGCAAAGGUGGAAGUCCUCCAGGGAUCCGCUACGUCCCCUAACUGCAUGCAGAUGUGGAAAGGGGCUGAUCCAGAUUGGGUCUUCCUGCACAGGAAGACUCUUUAACACCCUUAGGACCUCAGGCCAUCUUCUCCUAUGAAGAUGAAAAUAGGGGUUAAGUUUUCCAUAUGUACAAGGAGGUAUUGAGAGGAACCCCACUGUUGACUUGAAAAUAAAUAGGUUGCAUGUGUAAGUGUUUUGUAAAAUUUCAGUGGAAAUGCACAGAAAAUCUUCUGGCCUCUCAUCACUGCUUUUCUCAAGCUUCUUCAGCUUAACAACCCCUUCCCUAACAGGUUGGGCUGGCCCAGCCUAGGAAAACAUCCCCAUUUCUAACUUCAGCCAGACCUGCGUUGUGUGUCUGUGUGUCGAGUGAGCUGGUCAGCUAACAAGUCUUCUUAGAGUUAAAGGAGGGGGUGCUGGCCAAGAGCCAACACAUUCUUGGCCCAGGAGCAUUGCUUUUCUGUGAAUUCAUUAUGCCAUCUGGCUGCCAAUGGAACUCAAAACUUGGAAGGCGAAGGACAAUGUUAUCUGGGAUUCACCGUGCCCAGCACCCGAAGUGCCAAAUUCCAGGAGGACAAGAGCCUUAGCCAAUGACAACUCACUCUCCCCUACUCCACCUCCUUCCAAGUCCAGCUCAGGCCCAGGAGGUGGGAGAAGGUCACAGAGCCUCAGGACAUUCCAAGUCAGAGUCCCCUUUGAACCAAGUAUCUAGAUCCCCUGAGGACUUGAUGAAGUGAUCCUUAACCCCCAAGUAAUCAUUAACCCCCAGACCAGCCUCAGAACUGAAGGAGAUUGUUGACCCAGUGACCUGGAGUUGAGGCUCAGGGAGAGAUCUGCAACAUGUCUGAGGGUUGCAGAGCCCGCUGUGGAGGUAAGAUUGGAAACACAUGAGGCAGAGGGAAGACAUUGAAGAAAACAUCUCUGCCGGAAUAUUUGGAAAAGAACACUCUUCUGGACCUGGUUGAAGCAGGAAAGAUAGAGGCAAAGUAGUGAAAUAAUCCAGAAUUUCAAUGCUUUUGAAUGUUCUUAGUGAUACUGACCUGUGAUAAUAUAAUUCCCAGGGAGGACUGGGAACUUUAUCUCUUGAGAUAUUUGCAUAAUUUAUUUAAUUUAAGCCUCAUUCUCCUUUUGUUCAUUUUGGUAAUAAACUGGAUUUGAAUUGUGAACAAA